GUCCCGGAUGCUUAGGCCUCCCGGGGCGGUCAAACCCCCAGGACAAGGAAGCCCAAUGGGGCACCAGGCGCCUUUGUCUUCUCUGUGCAACACCAUCGUCUUCCCAUCCAGUGAAGAUAUCCCUCGAUGAGCCGCCGCUUUGCGUUUGACUCGCCAGACCUUGUGCGGCCGACAUCGUUUGGCUUCCAGGCCGCCUUUGUCUGCUUUCUACUUACCGCGCUCUUCUGCACCCUCGUGGACCUUGAGUCGAUUCGCCCUUCUUGGAAAGAGGAGCCGGACUGGACCAAUGGCUACACGCCACCGCUGCCCCCAUCGAUGCAGGACGAUGUGACGCUACAUUCGUCGACGUGUCGGCGAGAGUUCCCGCUCUUGUACGCCCAGUUGGAGGAGAACGAGGUGUCGUGGCGGGCAAAGGGAGGGCUCACCUUGCACCACGUCGACGAGGCGUGGGAACGCUGCGCCAACGGAUGCGCCCGCGUCAUCAUCCAGGAUGGCCAGGUGUUUCUUCGUGGGUACGCCAAAGACUGGCAGUCGCGGCUCGCCAGCAUGCUCGGGCUUCUUCAGACGGCCAUUGAGAGUGCAAGCUGGGAGGAAAAGCAACAGCUGAACAACGUCGACUUUGUCCUAAACGGCGCCGACAAGCCGGAGCACGGCGGAGAGGGAGGCGACGGCGCAGCAUGGGUGCUUUGCAAAAAGGUCAAAGCCCCACCUGGCCAGUAUCUUGCGCCUGACUUCUCCUUUGGGGCGUGGCCAGAGGCAGGCAUCGCUUCGUACCGCGAGUUCCGCAGAGAUGCGAGAAAGGUCAACAAGCAGCUGCCCUGGGACAGGAAGGAAGACAAGGCGAUCUGGCGAGGCGCAAUGCUCAAACAUAUCGGUGUCCCAAUCAGAGACAACCUGUGGGAGGUAACGCAUCAACCUGGGUUCAUGGACCUGUUCGAUGUGAAAGAGACAAAUUUCUGGGACCAGGGGCCGCAGUUUGCGCCCAUCGAGCCACCAGUCUACUUUUGCAAGAACAAGUACCUGCUACACACGGAAGGCAACGCCUACUCGGGCCGGAGUAAAUUUCUUCUGGGCUGCGGCAGCGCCGUCAUCAUCCACCGGCUCGAGUGGAGCCAGCAUUUCCACCCUGCUCUGGUCACUGCCUCUGCACACGCAGACCACAACGUGAUCCAGUCCCCAGGCGAGAUGUGGCACGGUCUUCCGACGCUCAUGGAGCAGUUGCGGACCUCAGACGAGGGCGAGAGAGUCGCCGAGGCUGCCAAUCGCACCCUCACGAACCGGUAUCUGACCCCGGCCAGCAUAUCGUGCUACCUCCGCGCAGCGCUGAUGUCCUACGGCUCAAUCAUGGCCCGAUCCACGUGGCCCAACGGAGAGGGCGCCCAGGUCAUCGAGGGCGGCGGUGUCAAGCCGGGGGCGGGCGCGCGGGCGACGGUCACGCUCAAAGAUCUCGGCGUGCAGGGCGACAUCGAGUACAAUGUUUGGCUGAACCUUGGCCAGCCACAAUGGCCUCCGACGUAGCAAAGCCUCGGUUCACUCCAGCGCAUGAUCAUUUGUUGCCGUCUGCGUGUUCCUAGCUGGACACAGAUUCUGUGUAUGAGUAUUUUGAUUUUAUGGGUGUUGGUUGAAU